ACUGUCAAUCAGCUGUUUCUAACACGCAGUUGCCUGUGUUUUUCCGUUCUCUUCGAAUUUCACAACAAUUGUUCAAUAAAUUGAUUUAUUUAAUUGACAUAAGCAAUUAAAAUAUGUCCCUGGUGCGAAACUCCUCCCGGUUGCUGCGAUCGCAGCUGAAGCGCGUACAAAGUGUCCCGGUGGCAUUGUAUCAUGAAAAUGUCGUUGAGCACUACGAAAACCCGCGCAACGUGGGAUCUUUGGACAAGAAGGAUGUCACAGUGGGCACCGGCCUGGUCGGAGCACCCGCCUGCGGCGAUGUGAUGAAGCUGCAAAUCAAGGUGGACGAGAACGGCAAGAUAGUGGACGCCAAGUUCAAGACAUUUGGCUGUGGAUCGGCCAUUGCCAGCAGCUCCCUGGCCACCGAGUGGGUGAAGGGCAAAUCCAUCGACGAGGCCGGAAAGCUAAAGAACACGGACAUCGCCAAGGAGCUGCGUCUGCCGCCCGUCAAGCUGCACUGCUCCAUGCUGGCCGAGGAUGCCAUCAAGGCGGCCCUGGCUGACUACAAGGUCAAGCAGCAGAAGAAGGUGGCCAACUGAGAGGCGGAACGGAAUCUGUGAAUGUAGUGGAGCGUAUCUCUGAACAACUACUAAAAAAAACAACUAUAAGUACUCUACCA